GCCGACAUAAAAUCAGUCGCCAUCUUUGCUUCAACCUUUCAAUCGCCUCCACAGAUUUGCGGGCGUUUCAUCGCCGUUUUUCAAUGUUUUGCUCAAAUAAAUCGUUACAUUUUUGUUGUAAAGCCACGUAAAAAGUUUGCGAUAAGUUGUGUAAGUGAUAAGUGCGAAAAUGAGCUUUUUCGGGUUCGGACAGACUGCGGAUAUUGAAAUCGUAUUUGAUGAUGCUGACAAACGGAAGGUUGCUGAAGUGAAAACGGAUGAAGGCAAAAAGGAGAAGUUAUUGUUGUAUUACGACGGCGAAACCGUUUCGGGUAGAGUGAACGUCACUCUGAGGAAACCUGGAUCAAAACUUGAACACCAAGGUAUCAAGGUCGAACUUAUAGGUCAGAUCGAAUUAUUUUACGAUAGAGGUAAUCAUCAUGAAUUUAUAUCGUUAGUAAAGGAGUUGGCACGCCCUGGUGACCUGUUACAGCAUACCUCGUAUCCGUUCGAGUUCGCUAACGUUGAAAAACCAUACGAAGUUUAUACGGGUGCUAAUGUCAGACUGAGGUAUUUUUUGAGGGCUACAAUAGUUCGUCGCCUCACAGAUGUCGUCAAAGAGGUGGAUAUCGCUGUCCAUACACUAUGCAGCUAUCCCGACCUAUUAAACUCUAUUAAAAUGGAAGUAGGCAUAGAAGACUGCCUACACAUAGAAUUUGAGUACAACAAAUCAAAAUACCAUUUGAAGGAUGUAAUUGUUGGUAAAAUCUAUUUCCUCCUUGUCCGUAUUAAAAUCAAACAUAUGGAGAUAUCAAUAAUUAAAAGAGAAACAACUGGUUCUGGGCCUAACACUUUCACAGAGAAUGAGACAGUUGCAAAGUAUGAAAUUAUGGAUGGGGCCCCUGUUAGAGGAGAAAGCAUUCCUAUAAGAGUGUUCUUAGCUGGUUAUGACCUGACACCAACUAUGAGGGAUAUAAACAAUAAGUUUUCAGUGCGAUACUACCUAAAUCUGGUGUUAAUGGAUACUGAAGACCGCCGUUACUUUAAACAACAAGAGGUGACCCUAUGGAGGAAAAGUGACAAGUCUAGACUACCCCUACAUAAUGCACAUGUCCCCCAAACAUUGUCUCACCCAAGUCAACAAAUGCCAAGACAGCUGAGUGCUUCUAGUGAAGACAACUCCAACAGAGCAAUAUCUCCAAACAAUCCUAACAUAAACAACAUGCAAAGAUCUGUCUCCCUGUCUAUGAAUGAUGGAGAGAAACAGAAUGGACCUUCUGAGAUGGAGCAGGAACAACCUGAUGUGAUAACCAAUAAAAUGUCCAACACGCACAUUGAAAAUAACCAGGCAGAUGAAGAAGAUGAUGAUGAUUCUGCCCCCAUUUUGGAGAAACAAACAAUAUCUGAGAAACCACCCCUUGCUGAGAAACCUCAAGUUUCUGAGAAGCCAGUUUUAGCGGAGAAGCCAGUUCUAAACCGGCCUGAAAGUGAAGCUAGUCCAAGUCAAUAGCCGAUAUGUACAUGCGCGGUCCACUUGACAGGCGCUGAAGAUAUGAACUAUAUGUUUUCAUAUUUGAAAACUAUAAUUUAAUGGAUUGUAGUUAUAUUGACUUUUCAUGUAGUUAUCAGACAUAGUUUGUAGCCUACAGUGGAAAGUUGGUACAACUGUGUCCUAUACUGAAAUUGUUGUAGAAUUCAGGAUUUCUAUAAAUAAAAUGUUGGAGCUGUAUAAAUGGAAAUUAUUCACAUACUGAAUAUUGUCAGCAUUUAAAUGGAAUAUGGGCUCUAAUUGUAAGUGUACAAUGCUAUCAUUGUGAGAAUAGUUGGUGGGUUAUCUUCAGAAAUCCUUAUGAUGUAAGUUUGCUAACAAAAUGGUACCUUAUUGCUGCAAAUUAAAGAAUAUUUUAGUAGAACAUCAAUCAUGUGUAUCUCAGAAGCCAUUGUUUUUGCAUGUAAGACCUUAUUAUUUUAAUCAAAUAGAUGUGCUUGUUGUUUGAC